AUCUGUCGUUUGGUUCACUUUUUCAACACAACUUACCAGAAGACGAAGCAUGGCGGUCUGGGACGAGGGAGUCCUCUGGGUCUUUGUGGUCUUCACGUUCCUGCUGACAGGUGCUGUGGGUCCACAUGUGAAGUAUCCACCUCCUGUUUGUGCUGUGAAGGGGUCGACCGUCACCCUCCCCUGCACCUUUGAACCACUAAAGUCCUAUGAACUGGAUGGAAAAGAGGUUUUUACAAAGAUCGUCAGAGUCCGCUGGUGUCAGAACCAUUUGAUUUGUCAUGAGUCAACCCCGUCUGUGUACGACAGUGACUCAACGAACAACGACCCUCGUUACAAAUACCUCGGAGACAUGACGGGAAGCUGCACGUUACAGAUCACAGAUAUACAGAUGGAAGACAGCACGACGUUUCGAUUCAGAAUGGAAGCUGAGCACAAGAAAGGACAUUUUACUGAACGAUCAGGAGUGGAAGUCACUGUCACUGACGAUGUUCAGGUGAACGUUACCAGCUCCACAGCAGACUUCAGGGCAGGUGAAGCUGUCACUCUGUCCUGCACUGCUCGCUGCACUUUCCACCAACUGGGGGUCACCUGGAUGAAAGAUGGCCACGCCCUCUCAGAGACCGGCCCCGCCCUUCGGCUCAGCUCUCUGACUGCAAAGGAUUCUGGGAACUACACCUGCAGUGUGAAGAUGGGUGCCGACAGGUGUUCUCAGCCGUACAGGCUGCACGUGGAGCCUGAAGGCGAAGGACCCGUGAAGCUGAUCAUCGGUGUGGUGUUCGGUCUCCUGCUGGCUCUCGUCAUUCUCAUCAUGGUCAUCUUCAUCAUUAAAAGUACUUCAGGUGGUUCAGGUCUUUGGUUGAUUAACAGGAAGUGGACUGCAGCACAUGGAUCUCAGCGAGCUGUGGGAGCUGACGUGGAACAGAAGCAUCCUGUCUACAGUAACGUCCUGUCGCCCGCUCAGCAGGGAGGCGGCGACCAAUGGGAAGUCAGCCAAGCUGUGGAGGAAGUCAGCUACGCCUCGGUCCAGUUCACACACAAGAACCACAACAGUCAAGUUGAGCUUCACUUCCGGCGUGAGAGGUCACGUCACCGGCUGAAGAUGGCGGCGCCCGCCGAGUUGUUUUGCUGGGAAGGAUCCUGGGGCUUACCGUCCGUGGACCCGGACUGUCUGGUGGUUCUGGUGAGUGUCCGUACGGACUGUCUGCUGGUUCUGGCCUACGCUCAGUUUGCUGGAGCUCCUCUCAAGCUGAAGAAGAUCUCAAACCCGUGGAGGAGUCCGAGUGGAUCACUUCCUGCUCUGAGGACCAAUCAGAAAGAGACGUUGUCCAGGCCCUCUGACAUCAUCAUCUAUCUCAGGAAGCAGAAAUAUAAUGCAGACUUCGACCUGUCGGCAAAGGAGGGGGCCGACAGUUUGGCGUUCAUCUCUCUGAUGGAGGAGAAGCUCAGGCCGGCUCUGAUCUACACGUUCUGGAUUGAGACGAAGAAUUAUGUGGACGUGACCCGCCGCUGGUACGCCGAGCACAUGCCGUUCCCUCUGAACUUCUUCGUGCCCGGACGGAUGCAGCACGGCCAGCUGGAAAAACUGCGACUGCUGCGAGGAAACGAGAGCCUGGAGGCCGGAGAGGAGCUGGAGAAGGAGUUGUACCGUGAUGCUGCAGAGUGUAUGAACCUGCUGUCCCAGCGCCUUGGCUCACACAAGUUCUUCUUUGGAGACUCGCCAUCAUCUCUGGACGCCUACGUGUUCGGUCAUUUGGCGCCCAUCCUCAAGUCCAAACUGCCUAACGGGAAACUGCAACAGCACCUGAAGUCUCUUGAAAACCUGACCAACUUCUGCACCAACAUCCUGCUGCUGUACUUCCCCCGAGAUGGCCGAGAGAGCUCCAGUCAGAAGACGUCCUCUCAGCCUGAAGGUGGAGACUUCGACCACGUCCCCAACAAACGGAGGAAGCAGUUCCUGUCAGCGCUGGUAGCUCUGGGUGCCAUGCUGAGCUAUGCCCUCCUGACCGGGAUGGUGUCCAUCCAACAUGUCCAGCAGGAGGCGCUGGAGGCGCCGCCAGACCUGCAGACCAUUGGAUCCCACGAGGAGGAAGAGGGAGAUGGCUGAGACGCAGGUCAAUAUGACGGGACUUCAUGGACAGUAGUGAAAAUGUUGAGGAAAUAAUCAGAAAACCAUUGGAGGUCAAUAAUCAACGUAUCAGCAGACAGGAAGUCGAUGUUGGUGCUGGUUUAUGUACAAAAAAUCAUUUUUUUUUAAAUUUCUGUUUAACUUUUGUUCAUUUUUUUUAAACGUUGGCUUUUCCUUAAACAAAUUAUUUAAAAAAAAAUUGUCUUUUUUUUCUUUCUGCCUUCAACAGAAUAUUCACAUGAUAACAACAAAUAAUAAAUCUACAGAUGGAAUAACACCAAA